AUGAAAUAUUAUGUUAAGCUAACUCUCGAAAGAAAUCCCGUGCUUGUUGUGCUACAUGUGGGGACAAAUGAUGUCCAGCGAAAGGAACCUCGGGAAAUUGCGAUUGAUGUAAAAACUCUGUGCAGAAGCAUCGUAAAGGAUGGACUGACAAGAAUUGCCAUAUCAGAGAUUAUUCAGAGGCAAGAUGAAGAUAUGAACAUUAAAAUUAGGAAAACGAACCUUCUUUUGGCUGAG